AUGCGGACCGAUGAGGGCGGCGGGUCGACGAGAGCGGCGGGCCGACGAGAGCGCGCCGACGAGAGCAGAUCACACCAACCAACUCCCCGCCCUGCUCUGUUCCCCCUCUCGUUCUCCUCUCUGUUCCCCUCGCCCUCCCGUGCAGCGACUCGUUCCAUCAUCCGCGGGGCGUCCGGUCAAGACAUUCCAACGGAUACGUCCGUGCCGCCGGCGACGGUGGCGACGCGGAUCACGGUGGGCGCCUUCGCCUUCAACUUCACCGCGGCCCGCUGCACCAACCUGCCGCCGCGCACCUUACCCAACACCACCGUGCAGUGGACUACCGCUGCCGCCGCCAAGCUGCCGGCGUGCGAAAGCAUCACUUUCUUGACCGGCCCUGAUUGCACUGGGGUCGUCGCGUCCUCUCUUGCCAAGCCCUCAAGCCCCACCACCUACACCAGCCGAACCGUUCUCUCCUAUCCAUAUCCACUGUCAACUCUCUGCUUUAUCGCCGGAGACGCUCCGUGGUGGCCCACCGAGGUGCCUGCCAGGGUGGUGGUGGCGACGGCGGUGGCAGUGGGCGCGUACAAGGUCGCCUUCGACCCCUCCUCGCGCUGUGCAAGCGUGCCAGAAGGCACGGCGCCCGCUGGCGUGGCGACGCCUGUGAGCGUGCGGUGGGACGCGCCCUGCACCACGCUGGCGUUCUUCCCGGGCGGCAGCUGCAGCGGCGCUGUCCUGCAACUCCUGUACUCCUUCUCCAGCAGCAACCCCCCGUCCAUCACACCAUCCAGCCAACUCGCGUCAGUUCGUUGCUCAUUCUCCUCCUCCACAGCAUGCGAUUACGCUACAUGCCCCGCCAACUCCGUGUGUGCGGGCACAAGCGACAACAGGGCAGCCACCUGCAAGUGCGACGAGGGCUAUCUUGGCAUCAACGGCACCUGCCAAGUCAAGUGCAAUCCGGACUGUAUGGCCAUCAACAAUACACACUGCGAGAGGGACGCGGACAGGGUCCCGUCAUGUGUGUGCAACAAGGGCUUCGAAAGGGGGCCGAACGAAGGUGCCUGCGUUGGUGAGUUGAGUUGCGCAUAG